CCCCCCUUUGUAGCUCUUUCACCUUGGUUGAAAUUACUUUAUUCUUAAGCAGGAAGGAAUAUUGUUAAUGGUCUGUUUUAAGUUAACUCUAAGUUGAUAUAAAUGAAUUACAACCAGUCAAGUAAUGGGAAGCAGUUACGGGUCUCACUGUGAUUCUGAUGACGACGACCACUUUCAAAAUAUAGCGAAUCAAGCUGCGAUGAUGGAUGAAGGUGCCUCAGAUACUGAAGCAGCUGUUGAGAAGGACAGCCCUUCUCUGACUGAACUACUGGACUCGCUCUUCAAACAUGAUGAACUUCGGACUGUGGCAGGAAAAAUCAAAGAGGACAUACAAGAAAAUGUAAUGGAGCAGCAUCGCCAUCAGAUUGUGCGCUGGCUGGAAGAGAAGGAGAGAAAGGGGGAGGAGUCAACCACCCUGGCACAGUUCUGUGACUUCCUCAUGUCAAAGGGAUCCACAUCCCGGGAUGAUGCUAUCAGGGUUUUCCAGCAAAUGGACACUGACGGCACAGGAAUCAUAGAGAUCAGCACAGCUUUGUCUGCUCUUAAGUACUCCAGUGGUCCGAACAUCAUCGGGGAGCUUGGCAAGAGUAUACGCAUGCUGCAGGCCUGCACUAUUACUCCAGGAUUUGUUGAUGUUUAUUCUGAGGACAAAAAUGCAGUGAGCCAGCACGCAGAUAAGCUUCUAAAGUAUCUGGUACGUAACCGCGCCCCAAGCCACAGUCUGCCAUUCCCCUAUCUGAACGGCUUCAACAACACGUCCAGCAUGAGGCUGUCAGUCCUCAAACAUACACUCAACCUCAUGAAGGAAUCAGCUAAGGGAGAUGUGACGGAUGCUGCACUGUCAGAUGGGGAGGAAGUGAAGCUUCUCAACCCAUGCUACAGUAAGAUAGAGGUCUCCUCCAACACAUCAGAUGUGUACAGGCUGACCAAUGGGCUCCCCCACACGUUCUGGCAGUCAGACGGGGCUGCACGCUCACACUGGAUCAGACUGUACAUGAAGCCACACGUGGUUGUGAAGUCUCUGUCAAUCCAUGUGGUGUCCUCUGACUCGAGCUACAUGCCUGAGUAUGUCACCGUCUCGGCAGGGCCCAGCAUUAGAAGCUUCAGAGAAAUAAAAGAUGUCAGGAUUCCAAGCAACAUUUCUGGAGAUUUUGUUAUAUUGAAGGAUGCCAAAUGCCACUAUCCAAUUGUCCAGAUAAACAUCCGUAAGUGCCGCAAUGAUGGCUGUGACACCAGAGUGCAUGGAGUGAAGGCAGUUGGAUAUAAAGUAGUAAAGGAUGCGGGCGUGAGUGUGUCUGACUCAGCCUCGGUCUGGUUCCUGCAGGUGCUUGCUUCCACGGUAACAGCCUCCAUUCCAAUGGCCCCAGUGCUGCAGAAAAACAUUCUGGAGCAUACUAAGACUGCCCUGGAGCACAUUCCUCCCCUGUCCCUGAGUCCAGCCAGCUCGGAGAAACCUGCCUUCCUCACCAAGCUGGUUCUGCUGGAAGUAGAGAAGUUUAUCACCAAUGUGGCCAUUCAUGACCAUAACAUGAUACGGGAUGGCAUACAACUCUUGUUGGCAUUUAAUCUGGCAAGGGGAAACAUCGGGGGUCUGCUGAGGACCAUGAAAAUAUUGCAGGAUCACAUUGACCUUACCCUGCCCUGUAUGAAGCUUAUGGCCAAGAUGUUUAAGGCAAGGGAUGUGUGCUGGGAAAACUCAGGUCAUCAUCUGCCCUUGACCCUGGCUGGGUGUGAUGCAGGCAACAAGGAGUCCAAACCGGAGAGUGUGCUGGGGGCAGAGUCAUCAGGGGAAUUUGUAACUGAUGAUGGCCAAACUAAGGUCAACAUGAUAUUCAAGUCCCAGGAGUUGGUCCAGCUGACAAAGAUCAAACUCAAGGUGUCUGCAGGCUCAAAGGGAGCAAAGAGAGGGCUGGUGUUUGUAUACAGAGAUUUAGAGGAUUUCAAUCAGGAGAGACACCUGAGCCGUUUCUCAGGUUAUGACUCCUGGGCCAAGAUAGAGUACCAGUUCUGUGUUCAGGUGCGCAACGCAGGCAUCGCUGGCAAGCCUGACAACCCUGUGGCGUACUUUACCCUGGACGAGGAGUGUGAUGAGAUAGACAUUACAAUGUCCUGGUACCCUGUUGGCCAGUACAUUCUGGUGAAGUUUCUUGAGCCACGUCAGCUGAGUGCCAACAAAAUGGGCAUUGUGAAUAUCAAGUUCUAUGGAUUUGCGAGGAAACCUGUACUUGUAGAGGACCAGAUUGUGGUGAAGCACCCUCCAAACCCAGAGAAGCAGCAGCAGUGCUCCAGUCUGGAGAUCAUACAGCAUGUGUCCACCUUCCUGAUAGACCUGUGUCAGGACCUUGUACAGAAGAAGGCAUUGGGCUCUAAACCAGAGAUCCUGGACAUGUCGGACAUACCCCUUGAUGUGGUGUGUCACCUGUAUCAGGUGUUUAAAUCAAGGGAGGAUGCUAAGUGGCAGGAGUGCAGUGAGAAGAUGUUACAGCUGAUAUUCUGUCUGCUGCCUGCACUGACAAAUCUAUCAGGAGAGAGCAAGUCAUCAGCGGAAAUGCUGUUCCAGCACUUGUGUACCCAGGUUGACGGCAGCACUCUAGAGCCAGAAUCUAGGCUGAGUAGACUCACCAAACAACUCAUCAUUGAUGGAGCUGCAGUGUUUUUCUCUGACAAGGAGGCCAGAAAAAGACAGCUCUUCACAAUGAUGCACAAAGUUGAGACUCUGUCGGAUAUGCCGUCUGUGAUGCUGGUGUUCCAGUCUCUGUGUCAGUUCUUCAGUACGGUUGACUCAAAGGGACUUCUAGAUCUGCCAAAAAAUCCUGAUAAGACCUUUGACCCACACCCAGUGCUAGAGGUUAUGGAAACCAUGAUCGCGGUGACUUUCCAUGAGUUCAGCCUGAUUACCAAGGCUACCACUAUGAGUGUGGAGUUACUGCCCCUGCUGCAGCUGGUUGGCUCCCUGCAGAUGUCCCUGUUGUCAUGGUGCUGGGGUCAGAUGUCAGAGGGCACAGAGAAGGCUGAUAAGGACAAGGUCAUGCACACAGCAUCCAGCUAUGCCAUCUUGGUUAUGAAAAAGGCCACAGAAGCCAUUGAACUUCUGCAGAAGAUGGAAAUUCACAAAUUGAAGGAGCUGAUCACAAAACUUGACACAUCCUUCCUUGGAACAGUUGUUAGACAACUGCUGCUGGUACUGACGUUCAUGUCCACACAGCUGAGCUCGGCUACUCGAGUUGCUCUACUGACCCAUCUCCAGCCCCUCAACCUCGAGCUCUUGAAACUGUCCAACCUGCUGCCUGAUACCUUCCCCACGAUUGACAGUGAUCACUGGUCCCACAUGGAGACAGAGGACAUUGUGUUGAGGACCUGGGAGGUGGAGUCGUCUCACAACGAUGAGAACAACAUGCACUUCAGUCAGGCCUUCACCUGCCCUGGGGCCACCAAGUUUAUCGUUGAGUUUGACCCGCGUUGUGAGACUGAGAGGAGGUAUGAUUACCUGAUGUUCACUGAUGCCAAGGGUCAGCAGAUGAAGUUUGACCAGGCGGUUGGCAAUCCCAAGUGGCCCAAGACCAUCCAGUUUCAGGGGCCUCACGUACACUUCCUCUUCCAUUCGGACAGCAGCAACAACGAGUGGGGAUACAAGUUCAAGGUGACAGCUAGAGGCAGCCCUGAUAUGCCCCUGUACUGGACCUAUGAUCUACAGCUCUGCCUUGUCAAGUUGAUGGGACGGCUGUGUGGUGCCACACUCAAUGCCAAUCCAGUCAUGGCCAAGGACCCCCUGAUAGAUUCUGAAGACGCCACAGAGCAGGACAUCCUCCGCAGUGAGCUGUGGGCCACACUGUUCAGGGGCGGAUUCAUGAUUGGCAAACUGCAGAGAUCUCUCUCAGGCAGAUAUGCAUCUGAAGAUUCAACUGAAGCCAUUGAAUUCUUGCUUGAGCUCAUUGGUGGGAUGGACAAGACAAAGGAAUUUCUUGCCAGGUGUAAAGAACAGUGCAAGGUGUUGCCCAUUGGGAGUGAGGCGGUAGGGGAGGCAGUGCUUGUAGUGUUUGCUGCCCUAGUCUGGCAUACCCAGCAGCUCAGAGACGAUCUAGAGAAAUAUGUGUUAGGGGGCAGGGAAGGGUCGAUAUCAGAUGGCCUCAUUCAGGCGUACAAUGCAGCGGAAGGCAUGCGGGCGACUCUGGUCCAGCAGAGGCAAAAACUUGUAGCUGAGAGUCAGACUGGAGACCUAGAUGACAAGACUGAUCCAGUUUUGAUCUGCAAGGAGAAAGCAUUGUUUUUACUGAAAUUUUCUGGGCUGACUAAGACACAGAUUAAGCAUGAGCUCUCCAAGGUGCGUUUCUCGAAGAACAUCAAGAAGUUGUCUCGGCUGUCUUCAAAGGCAGGAAAGCACGAGCUAUCUGAGAAGUUCCCCUCAUUUCGCCUUGUUCUGGAGUUUCUACAAGAUCCAGCAUGGAGCACAGAAAAGGUGUGUACCAUGCUGCAGGAGCGCAGCCACCAUGCACAAGCAAUGGCUGAUGUGUACGCCACCUGUACAGAGGUGAUUAAAAUGCUGUCCCAGGACCACCCGUACCAGAUCCUGGUAGUUUUGUUCCUGCAGGAGUUGCUGAGUCAGCAGGAUGGGUUUGCGCGCCACUACGCGGAGGGCAUGGAUGGGUGUGGGCUAGAAUUGGAAGCCCGAGUCCGAAACAGGUUCUACACCUUGGUGCGAGGACUAACGGACGCCUUUCAUAAGUUCAAGCGUCAUGAGCUGGUUCCGAGAUACCACUCUGCAUACUACUAUGUGCAGGCUGCACUGCUUCACCUCCUGGAUAUUCACUGGCAGCCGUACGACCUUGAGUUUGUGACUCGUAUCCACCUGCCAGAGCUGCUCUCAGUGGUUGCCAAGGAGACAGUGAAGAUGCGUGACUGUCGCCUUGAGGAGCUAGAUGAGGUAGAAGAGCUGCGGGAGUACACGCAGCACAUGACUUGGUUCGAGGCCUGCAGCCAGGGCUCCUUCCUCAAAUGGUACAACACCAAGGAGGACCAGAAUGAGCAGCAGAAAAAGGAUGUUCAGAUGUUCAUUGCCCGGUUUUGUGACCUCCUGGAGGUAGAGGUCAACUGUGACGGCUGUAAUGUCACGCUACCAGGUCGCAGGUACAGGUGUCUACAGUGCGUAGACAUGGACCUCUGUGCAACAUGCUAUGCAGGGGGAGUUGAACCAGAGAAACACACAGAUGACCAUGAUAUCAUACACAUGGUGUACAAGUGUAACAAUUGCCAAGCUUUCAUUACCGGUACUCGGAUCCACUGCAAUGUGUGCGAAGACUUCGACCUCUGUCUCGGAUGUCAUCUCAAGCAAAAUCUGCCCAAAGGGCAUGAUGCUGCGCACCCAGUGACCAAGUUCCAUCAGAGAAAAUUGAAGACGUCACAGGAGACGGACUCGUUGAUCCAGGCCUACAUCCACCAGCACGUGUGGAUGCUGUUCACUCUCUUAGCCAUCUCCAUGGGCGACAUGAUCUGCACGGGAGAUUCCGGUGCAGGACAUGACCAGGACUACACCAGCCUCGCCACACAGAUACAGAACCAGUGCAUCGCCAUAACAACUGACUGCCUGAAGCAGGUACCCGUGGAGGAUGAAGAGCAUAGCAAACAGUUGCUGGAAAAGCUUGAAGUUUCAAAGAAGAAGGAGAAUGAAGAAGACAAAGACAAGCUGAAGCCGUCGGUGAUCAAACGUCAGGAGGAGGCGUUCUCCAUCCAUUCACAGGAGAGGAUCAUGGGACUGCUGGGUGCCAUGAUACCCCAUGACACUAAUCCUAUUGGCAGUGGCAGUAGUUUCAACUUCAUGACUCCAGAUUUUCUCAAGCUUCUGUUUAAAAUAUCAAGAGGGGAGACAGGUCAUGAAGUGAACACACGACACUUGGCCAUGGGACUUCUCGGUCUCCUGCUUACAAAGUGCCCUGUAAGGAUAGCUGAUCAGUCAGUCCAGUCAGUAGAAGGGGAGACAAGUGGAGAUGGGGCUGGAACUGGAACUAUUAAAUAUCUCUUCUCUUUUGGUGCCUCAUGUCUAGAGAAAUCUGGACUAGAGUGGUCAUGCUCGGCUGCCCGCAUACUGCAGCGACUGUACCAGGCCAAUGACUGGAAACAGGAACUCCACAACCAUCUCACUGACUGCGUGAAAAACAUUGCAGAGGAGCCAGAGCUUCAUUCAAUCUUUGCCAUGUUUGUCAUGGCUGGCUUCCCUGAGGUGCUUACAACUGGUACACUUGUGAACUAUAACCAGACUGGCCUGGAGUUCCGUAACGGUGUUGUCCUCAAACACUACCCGGACAAACACUCCACCCUCCUUGUGGACGUCAAGUCACGCAAGAGACAUACGAUACCAGACAAGUACAUAGACUGUGUUUCCAUGGUACCUGAAGUGCUGGAUGCAACAAACAUUACUGUGUUUGUUAAUGUUGUGAAAAACAUUGCUGCCAAGAAGCUGUCAGAGACAGAGAAUGUGGAGAGCCUUUGGGUGCUCUCCCUUGCCCUGAAGCUUCUCAACAACGGCCUCCAGAUGGGAGAGAACUGCAUGGUGGAGGAGUUAUAUGCCCCUGACUUUAUACAGUGCAUCGUGUCCCUGGCCAGCAAGGGCACAGGCUGCAGUCAAUUGUGGCUUGUUAAGGAUUUAGAGGUUCUCACCCUGAUGCUGUACACCCAUGAGGGAUGCUCCACAGCUGUCAAGAAAGGGGCGACAACCAAUGAACUCAAAGAGAAACUGAGGGAAAUGCUGAAAACAAAAUCAGAGCCAAAAAAGUCAGAAAAAGAGGAAGAUGAUGACGAAAAUGAUGAUGAUGACGAUGAUGAUGAUGAUGAUGAUGAUGACAAUGACAACAGCGAUGAUGAUGAUAAUCCAAGUAGUGACAGUUCAUCUACUAUUUCCUCUUGUCUCAUUAAUCUGAAUAUGGUGGACGAGCUAGACAUGUUUGAUGAAUUGGAUGAAAAGGCACAGAUAAUGUUCAAAAUACUGAAAAGUGAGUUGAACCUACCUAUGUCUGUGUUGAAAGUGAUCUAUGACAUGAAUGACAGAAACCCAGAAAAUGUGGUCAAGGCUAUUCUAGAGAAUUUUGAAGGAGUAGAGGCGUCCCCAAAAGAAAUAAUCAAGAAGCUUUCUGAGAAAUGGGACACAAUGUUUAACAACACAGACACGUUGCAUUCAACCCUCUCAGACAAAGUGGUGGACACAGGCAUACAUUACCACCCCACCUUCAGCCACAUUGAAAGAGUAAUAGACAAGGCAACGGAGGAGACGGCAGUGGACACUCAGAGGCUGAUCCAGUGUCCAGACAACGAUGUACAGGAUGAGGUCAUCAAACAGAGGCGCACUAAGUCAGCGGAACUUCUCAAGAAGGAGCUGAGAAAACAUGGCCGCACUGGAAGCCGUGAAUACCUAGCAAAGGUGAACAUGUCCUUGUCAAUAUUGUACGCCCGUCAAGUGCUAACAAGUCUGCUUGCCCAUUGGCCAGCCUACGGUCAUGUGAUCAACUCGGACCUCCUCGGAUGCAAGGAAGUUCAGCAGAUACCCAGUGUCCUUGACCUGCUUAAUAAGACUGGAAGCAGGGAAAACUUCCAGAAGGUGGUGAGUAAUUUAGUGCAGCACUGUGAGCCAGAGAGCCUCAUCCCUAUAGCGUGCACGGCGUGUCAGUUCAUGGAGGAGGUCACGACCUCUGUGAUCACGCGUGAGUCUGACCACAACUACAAGGGAGAGGAUGUGGAGGUGGAAAAGUUACAGCUGCCUGGGGCUUCCUUCCUCACCAUCGCUUUUGAUCCAAAAUGUUCCACGAGAGAGGAUGAGGAUGAGCUGGUGUUUGCCACGAGUUCUGACAUGUCCCAGAAUGAGCACAGGUUUGGUGGAACUCAGAGGGGCAACUGGAGCACCUUCCAAGUGUCAGGGGACACAAUUUACUACAAAUUUGAAUGGGGCAGUGGUAAGUCUGAGACCCACUGGGGCUACAAGUUCACGGUCACUGCGGGGACUCGAGACAGCUUUGAGACUGGACACAUUAUCCUCAACAGUGUGCUGUCCUCAAAUAUGGCCAGGUGCCUGCCAGUGAGUGACCUGUGGGCCAGCCUGGUGUACUUCUGCAGCAAGCAGACGGGCACACAGCGCCUGAAAACCAUCCAGCUCCUCAUGAAGAUUGUACAGACCCAGCACAGGGUGGAUGGCACAGAGCGGCUUGCUAUCAACCUGGGUCUGCUGAAGCCCCUGUGGAUGCUCUACUCUGGGAUGUCCCGCGGGGAGUCUGACACGGGCUCUAUACUGCCGCCCGUAUGCAGAGCUCUCACUGAGCUCUUCCUGCUCGUGGAGAACCUUGCCAUUGAGUGGAACAUGGUUGAGGAGUACCUGGUGAUGAUGCAGGACUCCUCUGAGAUCAAGCAGGCAGUCUGGCAGGGUAUCCAGCGUGUUGCGGCUGUCAGUGUGAUGAUUGGCUACAAGAACCUUGCCACUGACAUCACCGCCGCAUACAAAAAGAAGAAAACUACUGAAGAAAAGGAUGGCAAAAAGAAUUAAAUUGGGUUUUUAUUUUUUUUUAAUGGGGGGAAAAAAGAGAAGGAAAAAGUGCUGCUAUUUUGAAAUAGUAAGAUGAUUGACUUAAGUUUUUCACAAGUGAUACAUGUUUGUGUAUGUAUAAUUGUAUAUUGGACUUCUAAUUCUUCAAUAUAGCAUUGUUUAGAAUUAUUAUUAACAUGUUCUUUUUAUUAUUUAUCUUUUAAAAUAAAUAUUUAUUUGAUGUUAACUUGCAAGUUUUGAGACUCGUGUAGACAUGUUGUUUAGUUAAACUGAAAGAAGCUGUUAUUCAGUUUAAUUAGGAAUGUUGAAAGCUGAUAGAUGCUUCCACACCUAUCAAUCAUAUUAAAUUUUUCUGCAGUAUUAGCCAAUCAUUGCAAUUGCAUAGCAUGCAGAAAAUGCACAUUUGUAUUUUUCUUUUGUGCUGGAUCUUUUGUUUGGGCUUAUACGUAGCUGUUUUAUUUUUCUGUGAUAAAUGUAUCAAUUUGUUAGUUGAUAUCACAAUACUGCUGUAAGAGUUGCUCCAUCUUUCAAGUCAAGUUUCUGAUGCCAGUUGUUCAUUUUAUCGAGCUGAUAUUAUACUGAUUCAAACUCAGUGUCUUUGUUUUGUCUUCUUUGAAAACUGACACAAACUUUCUAUUAAAGAUCUCAUCUCUCAUUAUCCUGUGAGUUCUUACAAUAGAUUCAGUCACAGCUUUGAUUAAGAUGUUUGCUUACAUCAUAAAAUAGUGCACUUCUUUUGUAUUUGAUAUUAUAAUUAUGUUUCCAUUUAAUAUUGACACUAAAAAUAAUCUCUUCAUCACUUUAAAUGCAUCAAAUGAAAGGUGUCAUAUUUUCUUUACUUGCAAUGCACGAUUUAGGUAGUGUAUUUUUAACCAGGUUUUCCGAAGGAAAAAACUGGUUAUUAGAUUGGCGAAUGCGGGCGGGCUGGCUGGCUGGCUGGCUGGCUGGCUGGCUGGCUGGCGGGCUGGCGGAAUAAGCUUGUCCGGGCCAUAACUAUGUCGUUCAUUGUCAGAUUUUAAAAUCAUUUGGCACAUUUGUUCACCAUCAUUGGACGGUGUGUCGCACGAAAUAAUUACGUCGAUAUCUCCAAGGUCAAGGUCACACUUUGAGUUCAAAGGUCAAAAAUGGCCAUAAAUGAGCUUGUCCGAGCCAUAACUAUGUCGUUCAUCGUCAGAUUUUAAAAUCAUUUGGCACAUUUGUUCACCAUCAUUGGACGGUGUGUCGCGCGAAAUAAUUACGUCGAUAUCUCCAAGGUCAAGGUCACACUUUGAGUUCAAAGGUCAAAAAUGGCCAUAAAUGAGCUUGUCCUGGCCAUAACUAUGUCAUUCAUUGUGAGAUUUUAAAAUCAUUUGGCACAUUUGUUCACCAUCAUGGGACGGUGUGUCCCACGAAAGAAUCACGUCAAUAUCUCCAAUGUCAAGGUCGCCACGACUAAAAAUAGAUUUAAAAAAAAAAAAAAACUUACAAAGGGGGUUAAUUUUUUUUGGUCAUUUCAAAAGUUCAGUUUGAGUUUUCUCCCUUUAUCAGAUUUUUUUUUCACAAUGAAAACCUGGUUUUGUGACAAUUUUGUCCCUUGUCUUUAUUUAAAAUCAGUUUAAAUGUCACAAUUGAUUGCAUGUGAAAAUGUUUUUGUCACACACAUAGAAAAAAAGUUCAAAAGAAUGUUUUUUAAUGGCUUGUUCUUUACUUCUUAAUCUUAAAUGAAACAAAAAAAGAAAACGUGAACAUAGAUCAGCCUUGUACAAGUUGAGAAAUCAAGUACAUAUGUGUUUGAAAUAAUGUCUGGGUGUGUACACAGGGACCUUUAAAAAAAUAGUCUACAUGCUAUUUAAGUAUAUAGGGGAUAGGUAAAUACUAUGUACAAUCUUCAAGCAUGUGUAAAUUGUAAUGGUAAUGUAACAUGGAAGGCUGGAUGAUAACUGCAGUGGAGAAUUAACCAAUGUAAUGUCGUGUUUGAAAUUCAUGUAGUGUUUCUUCCAAAAUGAAAGUAAACUAUUAUUAUUGUGAAAUUGAAGCAGUUUUAUACGAAUUUAUAGAAAAAAGUCACAUUUAAUUGUAGUUAUGUUAUAUAAAACUAUGAGAAGAAAUUAGCCUAUGAACGUGUACCUUUAAACUAGUUUAUUUUCAAAGGAAUAUGGAAAUUACAACUAGAAUUAUCGGUUUUUCUGUUGUGCACACCUGUGUCCAAGUAAGGAUUUUUGAGCUUUUUUGAAUGAAAGGUUUCGUUUUAAUUUAAUGAAAGAUCAGAGCUAUUGCCAAAUGUAUUGUUUUCUGAAAGAUAAAUGUCUUGGCUCGUGGUAUACCGUUAAUUUGGUGUAAUUAAUGCUUUUGGAAGCGAUUUUUUUGCUUUUGUACAGACCCUGGUGUUGUUCAGGAAAUUUGACAGUUGUAUCCCUUGUAUAUAUUUAUAGCACCGGUAUGUAUAGUAUUUUACUUUAAGGUUCCUGUAGGUAUUUAUUGAACUAUGGAAUAUUACAAUUAGUAAAAAUGCUUUUAUUUAACCUUUUGUGUUAAGAUUUGUUUGCUUGAUAAAGAUAAUUAAGCUUUUGUGUAAUAAUACGUUGACAUUGUUUGUGAUACAAUAAAAUUACCGUAUAUUU